AAAUGGGAGCUGAUGAAGCUAUCGAUUCCCUAUCAUCAGGCUUCACUUGUUCUACAGCUACAGGAAAGACAACGGAUAAAGAGAAAGCUUCAAAAGGAGAGGUUUUAAAAGCCCCGUCAACAAAACCAGUCAAAAGUGCUGCUCCUCCAGAAGAGAAGAAACGAAGGAUAGAAGGAAAGAUGUAUCCUCACUAUUCCAACCAAGGUGUAGAAGAUCUAAAUAUACUACUUUCCGACAGAGGACUCGGGUCUUUGCCACCUCCUCCUUCAAAAAAAAAUGUUGUUGAG